AUGUACAUUAAAUGGUUGGUGAACGCCUAUUUUAUGCCUGAAAGGAACAGCAGUACUUCCUUUUAUACUCCGUCGGCUUUUGGUGAACAUAGAGCAACGUCUGGUAGCGUGAUUUUAACAUGUAUCGGAAGAAUAUACGACGCUAAUAAAUGGAUGUCUAAUGAGGAUUCAGAAAUGACGGAAUUAACGUCGUUUAUAUUAAUUAUUUGUUAUGAAUUGUCAUUGAUUGGAAAAUUUAUUUCUAAUAUAUGUCGACUAUUUUUCGAUAAAAAACUAUCAACGGUCCAGUGGUUGAUCUUAAAUUUAUGUCAGUGUGUUGCAUUUUGUGAAUACAUACUACUAAUAUUGUACAUUAAGUGGUUAGUGAACAAAAUAAAUGAUCAAAUCUUGAAAAGAUAUUCAACAAUAAGCACAUUCAGAGAUAUGUAUUUGGAAGUUAUAGAAUGCUUAAACGAUAUCAAUAGUUCAAUAUAUGGUUUGUCAGGCAUAGUUGGCCUUAUCGGGGUAAAUGUUGUUCAAAUUAUUACCAUAUUGUACCGUUAUAUUAUUUUUCCUAGGAAUAAUAUUAACAACUAUACCUUUUAUGCUUUUAUAAUAUUAUCAUCGAAAAUAUUCAAUGUUAUACUAUUCUACAAGAUUGGAGAUAUCACGGAGAAAGAGAUUAAUCGAAUGAGUCUUGUGUUACAUCAACGGUCCAUAAUAGAAAGAAACCCUGCAAUAAAACGGCAGAUCAAAUGUUUUAUACUUCGAAGAUUGCACGAACGCUAUCGGUUUGAAUUGUAUGGAAUAUAUCAGAUUAAUUUAAGACAACUACUUAUUUUAUCAAACAAUAUUUGUGUUUAUUUAUUUAUUCAAAUUCUGUUCAAAUUGAAUAAGCUAUCAAUAAAUAUAAAUAAAUAA